AUGCAUGCAUGCAUGCAAAAGGGUCACACAAAAAAAACUAGGAAAAAAUAACCAAAAAAAUAGCACAAACCAAUGACCAAACAAAAUUCACAAUCACAUUCCAUAGUUUUUCCAACACAAACACCAAAUUUUCAGCAAAAUAAUGGCUGCAAUUUUCCAUUCAUAUCUCUUCAUCUUAAUCUUCAUCAUAAAUUUUUCAAUGAUAUGUUCCAUUUCAGAAUCAGAAGCAUUGUUAAGUCUAAAAAACUCACUCUCCAAUGCUGAUGCUCUUGAUAAUUGGAUUGCCAGCACUUUGCCUUGUAGUGAAGAUGAUCAAUGGGAAGGUGUUGUUUGUUACAACGGUUUCGUAACCGGCCUACGCCUCGUUGGAAUGGGACUACUCGGAAAAAUCGAUGUCGAUGCAUUGCUCGAACUCAAAGCUCUAAGAACAAUUAGUUUCGUCAACAAUUCAUUCUCCGGUUCGAUUCCUGAACUGAAUCGAAUCGGUUUCUUAAAAGCCAUGUAUCUGUCUGGAAACAAUUUUUCCGGACACAUUCCUAAGGAAUAUUUCAUGAGAAUGAAAUCACUGAAAAAAGUUUGGCUAUCAAACAAUCAAUUCACAGGUGAUAUUCCAUCAUCAUUAUCUGAAGUUCCUAAUCUUAUUGAAUUACAUCUUGAAAACAAUCAAUUUAGUGGUAACAUUCCAAAUCUUAACAAUCCUGCAUUGGUGAAACUUAAUGUUUCAAACAACAAAUUAGAAGGUGAAGUUCCUGAAAGUUUGUUGAGAUUCAAUGAGAGUUCUUUUGCAGGGAAUUCUGGUUUAUGUGGUGAGAAAUUUGGUUCAACAUGUGGAAAACCAAUGAUGCAAACAAAUCCUAUUACUGAUGAUCAUAAUGUUUCACAAUUAAACACCAAUAUUCAGGGUAAUGUUUAUGUGACAGAUAAGACUGAAAAGAAGAGUAAAGCACUUCAAAUUCUUGGUAUUGUUGUGACAAGUUUAGUACUUAUUUCACUUGCAAUAUUUUUGAUUAUUAAAUCAAGAAAAAAUAAGAAGGAGAAAGAUGAUUCAUUUGGUGAGAAACAUGGACAAGAAAUUAGUAAUAACAAUGAUGGUGGUUUUGAAGUUCAAGUUAGUAGUAGUAAUAGUAUUAGUAGUAACAGUAGUAGUAGUAGUGGGAAAAGAGAUGCGGCAUUGAUAAAAAAAACACCAUCUAGUAGAAGAAGUUCUUCUAAUGGAGGUGGAAAAGGAAUAGGGGAGCUUGUAAUGAUGAAUGAAGAAAAGGGUGUGUUUGGUUUAUCAGAUUUGAUGAAAGCAAGUGCUGAAGUGCUUGGAAAUGGAGGGUUUGGAUCAUCAUAUAAAGUAGUGAUGGCUAAUGGAGUUGCAGUUGUGGUGAAAAGGAGUAGAGAGUUGAAUAAACUUGGAAGGUUAAAACAUUGGAAUAUUUUGACUCCUUUGGCAUAUCAUUAUAGAAAAGAUGAGAAACUUGUGAUCUCUGAGUAUGUUCCAAGAGGAAGUCUAUUGUUUUUGUUGCAUGGUGACAGAGGAGCAUCACAUUCAGAACUAGAUUGGCAGACACGUUUAAAAAUUGUACAAGGAAUUGCAAAAGGAAUGAAAUAUCUUCACACAGAAUUAUCAUCCUCAGAUUUACCACAUGGAAACCUGAAAUCAAGCAAUGUUCUACUAGGACCAGAUUAUGAACCAUUAUUAAUAGACUAUGGUUUUAUCCACAUGGUUAAUCCUUCAAGUUUUUCACACACAUUAUUUGCAUACAAAGUACCAGAAGCAUCACAACAUAACCAAAUAUCGCCUCGUUGCGACGUGUACUGUUUCGGCGUCAUAAUUCUGGAAAUACUAACAGGAAAAUUUCCUUCUCAAUAUCUUAUCAAUGGUAAAGGUGGAACUGAUGUGGUACAAUGGGUAGCAUCAGCAAUUUGUGAAGGAAGAGAAGUUGAAUUACUUGAUCCUGAAAUUUCAAGUGAUAGAAAUUCAUUAAGUGAAAUGGAAAAACUUAUUCAUAUUGGUGCUGCUUGCACUGAAAGUAAUGUUUCAAUGAGAUUAGAUAUGAUGGAAGCUGUUAGAAGGAUAGAAGAGAUUAAAAUAAAUGGUAAUUCUAAUAAUAUUAAUAAUAAUGUUCAAGAAUCAAGGACUAUAGAGGUUUUACCUUCACUUAGAGAUGGUUAUGCAGAUUCUCAAGAACAACAUCAUGGUGAUGAAUCAAGGAGGAGACAUGGAACAAAUAGUUUUGGAAGUAAAGAAUAUUUUGAAUUUGGAAUUUCCUAAGUUUUUAUUUGAUCAAAAGUUAGGUGACAAUUAUUAAUUUAUGACACAUUUUUUGUGUCUUAGAGAUAGUGGAAAAUGAGAUGUGCCAAUUCUUUUGUGAUAAUUUGGCACAUACCUUAUGUUUGGAAUUUGAAGUUUAUAGAUUAGGGAUAUAUGUACAGCUAAGUUUAGUGAUAACUCAAUAUUCAGAAGUACUUCUUCUGUUCUGUUUUUUUUUUUUU